CACAACACAAUCUUCUGCUCACGUGACACACACACACACUCUCUCUCUCUCUCCGCCCACCCCCCCCCCCCCGCAUCGUCUCCUCCGCCCAAAAUCCCAAACCCAUCCAAACGCGGACCAAUCCAACAAACAAACUCUCUCACCCACAUUUCUUCUCUCUCUAAACUCACACUCUCCCCACUCUAUACUCUCUCUCUCUCUCUCUCUCUCUCUCCACAUAGCAAUGGCAUCCACAGCCGCCCAAACCAUCUCAAAACUCUUCUCAAUCUCAAUCUCCUCCCCGAAACCCCUCUCUCUCUCCCCCACCACCGCCUCCCUCCUCUCCUCUUCCCCCUCCUUCUCCCUCCACCUCCGCCGCCGCGGCUUCCCAACCCCCCUCAACAUCUCCACCACCACACCCGUCAAAGUCUCCGCCACCAUCGCCGUCGGUUCCACCCUCCCCGACGGCACCCUCUCCUACUUCCCCGCCUCCGGCGACGACCUCCAAACCGUCACCGUCUCCGACCUCACCAAAUCCAAAAAAGCCAUCCUCUUCGCCGUCCCGGGCGCCUUCACUCCCACCUGCUCCCAGAAACACCUCCCCUCCUUCGUCGAAAAGGCGGCCGAGUUAAAAGCCAAAGGCGUGGACACCAUCGCGUGCAUCUCGGUCAACGACGCCUUUGUCAUGAAGGCGUGGAAGAAGGAUUUGGGUAUCGGCGACGAGGUGAUGCUGCUGAGCGACGGGAACGGGGAUUUCACGAGGGCGAUCGGGUGCGAGCUGGACCUGAGCGAUAAGCCGAUCGGGCUGGGGGUGAGGUCGAGGAGGUACGCGAUGCUGGUGGAGGAUGGGGUGGUGAAGGUGUUGAAUUUGGAGGAAGGAGGGGCGUUCACGUUUAGUGGGGCCGAGGAUAUGCUUAAAGCCCUUUGAGGUUUUAUGAUUAUAGUAUGUCUUCUACGUUGUUUUUUUCCGUUUUUGUUGGGGCUUAUGACUGGUUUUUACGUUUAAUGAAAUGGAUGGAUGGGAUGUGAAUUGACUGUUUUGAGUUUUGGGUAAUGAGAAAGAUGAGUUUUUUGGUUA